GGUAGCCCAGGAACGAAUGUUUUCUCCGAAGAUGUUUAUUUUUAGUCUUAUUUUACAUUCCGAAAACCCGCUGCAAUCCAAUUGUUAGCUAUAUCAUCUUCUCCACAGUCUAACCCGCGGUAACCUCACACUUGCACAGAGUUCAUAUAUCAGUUAUGUUCACCUUCGGUCUACCACCAUACAUUCAAUCCUACAUACAACGAACACAAGCUGCCAGCCAGAGAAUGUUUACCGGAUCAGACAUGCGAUCUAUGCAGCAUCUCUGGCGAUACUACUACCUAGGAUCUGUGUUGCUUGCUGGCAACCCGUUACUAAAGCUGUUUGUGUAUACGCUUUUUGCGGCAGCAUUCUUUCCCGUUCUGGGAUUCAUCGGGGCCAGUCUCACCAUUAUCUUUGGCUCCGUAUUCCUUGCCAUCGGGCUCUUGUGUGUUGCAGGCAGCUGUCUUGGAUUUUCUCUGCUUGUGUCACUCGCCAUCGCCUCCUUCGGCACAUUCUGGUAUGCAGUAUGGCGUUCCGCUCUACAGAUAGCAAGAGGACGACGAUAACUUGCCGAUGAAUGUUGAGUCGGUGAAUUGAGACGGUGGUCACGAUUGUUACUUAGAAGAUUGACUUGGGCUGGAUAUGUAGAUGAGGAUUUCCCUCUGAGGCGCAGACGGCGCUCAAUCUUGAGCUUUCCAAUCUUUGGAGGAUCCACCAGGAUCAACAACAUGCGAUUGCAGUCAGCAUGCAUCUGAUAUUCUUCCUGCUCAAUACAAUUGAAUGCACAAUGUACAAUAGACAUAAUAUAACCUGUUUCCUAUAUUGCAUUGCAUUGAUAUUGAUGUUAGUAGUCUAGUCACA